GGAAACGUUUUGGCCACACCUAUUAUCAACCAGCGGAUAGAUGGGUUAGCAACGCAGGCCAAUGUUUGCGACUACAUAAACACAGUCAGCUAAAUAAACACGUAUUAUUAAUUUAAAACGGUAUAUAUUUUUUUGUCGGCAUAUCAACAUAUAAUUAUGGAUUCCGUCAACGCUUUCAACUUGGAGUUAUUCUCCAUGAUUGACAUGAAGCCUCCAAUAUCACGAGCUAAGAUGAUGUCAGUCACUAAAUCAGCAAUAAAGGCUAUCAAGCUAUACAAGCAUGUCGUCCAGAUUGUGGAGAAGUUCAUCAAGAAGUGUAAGCCAGAACUGAAGGUUCCUGGUCUAUACGUGGUGGAUUCCAUAGUCCGACAGUCCCGUCAUCAGUUUGGAGUGGACAAGGACGUCUAUGGACCCAGGUUCCAAAAGAACUUCACCCCGACAUUCCAGAACCUCUACCUCUGUCCACAUGAUGACAAGAGUAAGAUCAUCCGUGUUCUCAACCUGUGGCAAAAGAAUGCUGUAUUUGAGAUGGAUGUCGUCCAGCCCCUGUUGGACAUGGCUGCUGGAUCCUUAGCCCCUACUCCCUCCCCCCAGGAGGACCUCCAGCCCCAGGUGCCCAGUGCCUCUAUAGCAUCAGUCCAGACCCCAGUCUCUAGUGCCUCCAUAGCAGCAGCCCUGCCCCAGCUCCCCCCACAGCUCCAGAACCCAGAGGCCCUGGCUGCCGUGGCACAGCUUUUCCAGUCUGGACAGGGACACGAGCUUCAGAAGAUCCUCCAGAGGUUCCAGCCAGGGCAACAGACUCCCCCUGUGGUUCCAAACACAAUGGCUGACCAGAACCACCCACAUGUGGUCCAAGGCCAGCAUAAUACACACCACCCACCGUUGAACACACACCAGACACAUCCUACGGAGCAGAAGAACUCACUAGCUAAGAAACUCCUGGACCGUUUUGAUUAUGACGACGAACCAGAAGAAGUGAAGAGAGAGGAGAAUCCCCUUGUUCCAGGGAACCAGUACGACGGCCAUUUUCCUGGUCCGAUGCAGCCCAACAUGGAGCAACAGUUUCAGGGCCAGCCUGGGAGACAGCAGACACCUGGUGGAGGAUACCCUGGUCUGAACAAGGGCUACAGCCAGAGCCAGCACACUGACCAGGGAAACUCCAGAGAAAGAGAAGAUCCGUCUGGGAGGAGGGAGGGGAGGCAGCGGGGUCACGGCAGGAGGUCACGCUCCAGGUCUGGCUCUCGUUCUCCCAGGAGAAAGAGGUCCCCCGGUUCUCCCUCCCGGAAACCCCGACACUCUUCCCAGCGCUCCGGGUCCCGCUCCAGGGAGAGUCGCUGGAACUCCCCUCGCUCCCGCUCGCAGGAGAGGAAGGAGAGAGAGAAGGACAAAGACCGUAGACAGAAAGGUCUGCCCAGCAUCAAGAGCCAGACACUCAGUGUUUGCACCACGACUCUGUGGGUGGGCCAGCUGGACAAGAAGACUUCUCAGCAGGACGUCAUGUGUUUACUAGAGGAGUUUGGGCAGAUAGAAUCCAUCAAUAUGAUACCUCCUCGUGGAUGUGCCUACAUAGUGAUGGUCCACAGGCAGGAUGCCUACAGAGCUCUACACAAACUCGGCAGAGGAUCCUUCAAGGUCAACCAGAAGGCUAUCAAGAUUGCGUGGGCCUUGAACAAGGGUAUAAAGGCGACCCAUAAGAAGUUCUGGGAUGUAGAGCGAGGCGUCACCUACAUCCCCUGGAGCAAGGUGAAGAUGGAGGAGCUGGAGGGGUCCAGGGAGGGAGGCAUGCUGGACGCAGACACACUCUGUCCAGAGUGGGGAGAUGACGUGAAGGAGCUGACUAAACCAGGAGGACUGAACAACGGAGGAGGAGUGGAUGCCAUGGAAACCGAGGGAGCUGCCACCGCCCAUGUACAGGUGCCUCCAGUCCAGCCAAUAGGGUCUGUGGGUGGUCCCCCUGGCCCCCCAACCCCCUCUCUCACCCCCAGUGGUCCCCCUGGCCCCCCAACCCCCUCUCUCACCCCCAGUGGUCCCCCUUCCUUCCUGCUCGCAGACUUCAACCCCACACAGAUGCCUCCAGGUUUCCCUCCACCAGUGGUGGGAGGACCAAGGAGCACCAGAGAUGACUCGGGGUCUAAAGACAAGGCUGGAGGGAGUGGUGGCCUCCUGGCCCCUCAGACGCUCCAGACAGCCAGCUGGGAGCUCCAGGGCCAGGGGCCGUGAUGAGUCCUC